AUGACAGCUUUUGUGCCUGACUAUCGGAAGGAAGCAGAGGAUCAUCUCUCAAAAGCAGUUAAGUUGAAUCCAUCUCUUGCAGAUGCUUGGCUUUGUUUGGGUAACUGCAUUUGGAAGAAGGGAGAUUUACCUUCAGCAAAGAACUGUUUUAAUCUUGCACUAAGCAAGGGGCCGAAUAAGAAUAUACUUUGCCAACUAUCAAUGCUGGAAAGAAAAAUGGCUCAAGGUGCUGAGAAUCAAUCACAAAUGGUUGAGGAGAGCAUUCAACAUGCCAAGGAAGCUAUAUCUUUGGAUGUCAAGGAUGGAAAUUCUUGGUAUAACAUGGGAAAUGCUUGCCUGACAAGUUUUUUUGUAACUGGGGCAUGGGAUCAUGGCAAGCUUCUGCAGUCCUUAAAAGCGUACCAAAAUGCUGAGAAAGAUGAAAGGAUGAAGUCAAAUCCAGACCUAUAUUUUAAUUGUGCAACAGUAAACAAAUAUCUAGAGAAUUAUGAUAGGGCUCUUAGUGGCUUUGAAGCUGCUGCCUUAAAGGAUCCAAGUCUCAAUGCUUCUGAGGAGGUUGAAAAGAUGCUUAAUCUUCUCGACAAGCUAGAGAAUUUGCUGAGGGGACAUGGUAGGGCAAAAAGACUUGCUUCCUUUGCAUCAACAAUCAGUCGUGUUAAUUUGAACUCUUCGUACAAAAGGGUCACUCUAGAUGUGCUGUCAGAAGGUCUGAAUAAAGCAGUUGCGGUACUGGGAAAAGUGGUAUUGUUUGUUAAGCAUGAGAAUAUCACCCCCCUAUACUUUUUGGUGUGCGAUUCAAAUCAAAGCUGCUUUGUUCUGUCAGUAUAUGGUAUAUGUAAUGAUGCAAUUAAAGAAGGAGAUCAACUAACAUUGUUGGAACCUUAUUUCCAUCAUGUGGAUUUUUCUUGGAAAGGAAAGCAUCACCAGUUCAAAUCAAUUCGUGUGGAUUUCGUAGAGCAAGUGCUUGUGAACGGAAAAGCUCUUCCUCCUCAUCAAGCCAUCCGCACAUCUGUUUAUGCUCAGCAUAAACCAUUGGAAGGUUUUGCUAUUGGCGCCUGCGCCAACGCUUCUUCGGAAGCUGCGAAAGGCAUCUUCCAAGAAAUUAUACGACAUAUGAGAUAUGUAUUCAUCUAAAAGAAAAAUGUUGACAAGUUCGAGAAUAAACUUGAGGUGUUGAAAGCAAAAAGAACAAGUGUGCAGCUAGAGGUCGAUGAUGCAGACAGGAAAGGGGAGAAGAUAAAACCGGACGUCGAGCUUUCGUGCAAGACAGUGGACAAGGUACUCAAUGAAGAUGUGAAGAAAAUGAAGGAUCUUGAAGACAAAGCAAAGAACAACUUCAAGUCUCGCUACCACGUGGCAAUUUAACAGAUUAUCCAACAGUACUGUCAAUUUAACGGAGUGGGAUACCGUGAUGUUCUAGAAGCCCCCAAGUGUGUAGCUCCUAAAAAUUUUAAGGCUUUUGAUUCAAGAAAGGAGGUUUUGGACGGAGUUAUAGAGGAAUUAAAAGAUUCUAGUAUCAGCAUGGUAGGGGUGUACGGGACGGAUGUUGUGGGCAAAACCACACUAGUCAACCAAGUUACCUUGCAAGUUCAGGAGGAUAAGUUAUCUGAUUGGGUGGUUAAA